AUGAAUGAAUGUAUUCCGUCUUUAUCGGCGGUAUUUAUCAACACAACACAACCAUGGAAUAAUUUCUCUCACAAUAACGACCACAUUAUCAAUUAUGGUCUUGUACAAUUUGGCAAUCAAUUCAGUAAAAUCCAUGGUCCAUUAAGUUUAGCUGUAUGUACAUUCGGUAUACCAGCCAAUAUAGUAAAUAUCAUUGUAUUGACACGACGUGAAUUAGCUCAGACUGCUACAAAUCAUUUAUUAUUAUGGUUAGCUGUAGCUGAUCUCCUAUUAAUGAUACUCUAUGCACCAUGUUUAUAUCAUUUCUACAUUGUACAUCCACACCCAAUGAAAAAUCCAAUAUUUACACCCAGUAAAUUAUGGAUUAUUUAUCAAGAAAUUGUGGUCAGUUGUGCAUUGAUGCUGCAUUCAUUAGCACUAUGGUUAGCUGUCCUAUUAGCACUGUUUCGUUAUAUUCAUGUCGGUUUCCCAGUAUCUAGUUCCAGGUAUACAACACGUAGAAGAGCAUUGUUAUCUGCUUUGCUGACAACAUUAUUUUGUAUAUUUGUAGCAGUACCGAAUGUUUUAGUCAAUCAUUCUGGAUCAUGUGUUGGACCGAAAAUGCGUGACAGCUAUACACCUGUUGAAACAUUGAAUAAUAAAAGUGUACAAAUUUAUUAUUACAUUACAUCAGAACCAGAUUUCGAUGAACUGAACGUCAAACAGUCCAGUGGAUGGAGAACAAAACAACUGCAUAAUUUCAAUGUAUGGCUACAAGCUGUCAUUACUAAGAUUGCUCCAUCAUUCCUGUUGACUAUAUUAACCAUUCUGUUAAUUAGUGAAUUACAAAAAGCAAUUAAACGUCGUAAAAUUCUAUUCAUUAAUCGUGAUAAAUCAUUGAAUAUUUUUAAAAAAAAUCACACUAAUCCAUCGACAAUUCCAUUUUAUAAUAAUAUGAAUAUUAAUAAUACUACUACUAAUAAUAUUAAUAUUAAUAUUAAUAAUAUUAGUAAUGAUGAGAGUAAAAAAUUAAGUCGUGAAAAUCGUACAACUGGUCUGCUAUUGACUAUAGUUUUAUGCUUUCUAGUGAUUGAAUUACCUCAAGGUAUUUUAGUGACAUGUAUACAUUUAAUUGAUAGUUUUGAAGAGAAUGUUUAUCAACAUUUAGGCGAUUUAUUGGAUUUUCUUACUUUAUUAAAUGAAUCCAUAAGUUUUAUUAUUUAUACUACCAUGUCAUAUCAAUUUCGUCAAACAUUUUGUAAUAUAUUUUGUCCAUUUAUGAUGAAAACAUCGACACUAUUACCGAAUCAACAAACUAUUAUACAAUAUCGUCAACAAUAUCCUGGGCAAAAUGUAAUAACCUCAUCAUUGAUAUCAGUGAAAAAUGAAAAAACUAUACAACAAUCAUUAAAUCCUGACGAAAAUAAUGAUGACGAUAAUAAUCAAUGUAAUUUAUUGAAUAAAAACAAUCAAUUGUGAUUGAAUUGAACAUUGAACCGAAUGCAUUUAAACAAAUUUUUUAUUGGACAUUGAACAAAAUAAGAAAAC